UCCGUGGAUUGGUCGCAAUGAAAUAGAAAUAUAAACCUUUUGGGUAAAUAUUGGACCAGCGGCCUACCUCCUGCUCCUGCCCGGCGUUCAGCGGGCAGCGGGAAGGCUUGCCCCGGUUGACGCCGGUCGCCACCGGCUUCUGUGAGUCGUCGUCGGCGGCAGCGGCGGCCAUGGCAUCGCUGGACUUAUCGGCGUCGCCCGCGUCCGAGAACACCACCAUAACUUUGGGCAGCGGCAGCGUUCGCCGCUCCUGGAUGAAGCGUCUCACCCGAGUCGUCGCCGCCGCCGGCAGCAGGGGGCUGCGGGACGGAGACUGCCGCUCCCCACCACCGCCGCCUUCGGAGCCGUUGGAGCUGCUCGCACCAUUCUGCUGCAUCCGCUGCCGAGCAUCAACAACAACAACAACAACACUCCUACUACUACUAAUGAUAACAAGUCGACCUAGAAGCUACACUAACACACUACUGUUUCAUACGAUGCGGAACCGGUGUCAUUCAACCGGGCCCCGUUUAAAUAGAUGUUAAACCACAGCUACUUUAAGGGGGUCGGGGGUGUUUUCAUUUAGCUGUUUUCUCUCCUAUGUACGACAACGGCGCCAAUGAUAUACGUCAGCACGUCAAGCGCGUCAAAGCCACGAAUAUGAGCUACGUGCCUCCAGCGACACGAAGCUAGUAAGGGCAAAGUCAUCCGCGCACGACCUGUGUGGACGGCACGAAAAACGAAAGAACAACCGUAUGCAGACAACGCCAUACAAUCACAACAAGGGAACUGGGAAUGACCAUUCAUAGAUAACAGUACUUUUAUUGCUUUACAUAUGUACUGUACUUGAUAGCACACGCUUUAGCUUUGACAAAAAAGUAAACCUCGUGAAAAUCGGUGGCGAAAUGAACACGGUUACGACUUAAUUUUAAUGUCCAUGCAUUGCCUUUGACGGGAACGUCGACCUCCCGAACAUGGCCGCCACGUAGACACGUCUGGGCAGCCGCGCUUGUUAUUCUAGUCGUAAUAGCUAUGGUGCUAGCUAUGACGCAAACAAUUCUAGAAUUACAUUUAUUAAGAGGGAAUUGAAAAUGUUACACCGAGUCAUUUAUGGCUGUAUUUUAAUGCCAGCAACAAUAUCUGCAAGUCAUUUGGGGAAAAUUACCUCUGCUAACUCCCUCGCCUGUAGCGUUGCUAAUGAUUUGAAUGUUAACAGUUCUGUAAAAUACCUGAACGUACUAAAUUGAAUUGCAAGCUAUCUAGCUAGUCCAAGAUGACGUAGAAAUUCAGUUUAAAUGUAUUAAUACUCAGUAAGACAGCUAGUUUAUUUACUAUAUUGUAGAAGUCUACCCCGUCAUACUGAAAGUUGAUAGUUACACAAAGACAAAAGUAUUAGAAACUCCUAAUAGUAUGGUGUAUUAUAACUCAAUACGUUCUUACGGAGAACCUAAAUGCAUUCUGCAUGAUUUGUAAGCGAUCUUAAGAUUUCAAUGUUUGAUCAAGUUUCAUUUUAAAGCAGGGUUUUCUAAAAUAAGCGUUUGGGGCCUCAAAAUGGGCCACAGCUCCAAUUGUAAUGGGGUCGUCCAUUAUCAGCGUAAAAUACGGUCACACAAUAUUCACAGCAGUGUUGCAGAAUGGAAUGGACUCAUUUUCCAAAUUCUACAUGCAGCACCCCAUAAUGAAAACAUAGGACAAGUUUUUUUUUCCCCAGAAUGUUUCCAAAUUUGGUCAAACUAAAUAAUGCUCUGCUGACAUCUGUGCCGUUUUGCCACACACAGUAAUAAUAAUAAAAUUCCGUUUUCGAGGUGUUCAGAGAAUUCCAUUGAAUUUGUGCUUGAUUUGUGCUCUGACGUGCACUGUGCGAUAUAAACAGGCGAGUUCAUAUCCCAAGUCACGUUCAAUCAACUUGACCAAUUAACAAUCGACUUUACCACUUGUGGACUUAAGCUGUAGACAAUGCAGUAACUACAACUAAGUGUCAUUUAAUGCAUCUUUGCCUUUGUUUUGUGUGUCCACUUGAAAUGAAAAACAUUUUGUGGUUCGCGCUGAGGUUCCCAGCGUGUCUUGAAUGUGUGACGGAUGUGACAAGUUGUUGUAAAAGGAAGCCAACAUACACGCUUCACCGCUGCUGUCGACUCGAGCCGACGCAGGAAGGAGACCAGCUGGACCACCAAAGGUAUGCUGGGAAAUUCGAGCGUGCAGUGUGCGGUAGCAACUGCUGCGUCGCUGGCCUCGCUGAGUCUGUUGGGCCUGCUGUGUCUAAGAUGCAAGAGAAAGUCCAAGACCAUACACGAAGAUGCUCAAAUAUACAACCUGCACACAUUCGUGAGGGGAGCAGAUUCGCUGUAAUGCAAUCCAAAAAAGUCACCAAAUCCAAUCAAACGAUCACAUCCUCAAAUGAGGGCGUUUGUCCAAGAGCUGUAGCUGCAUCACCACCCAGAAGUUGGGAACAUAUUUAUGUAGAUCCACUGCCCGUCACAGUUUAUGAAAAUGAGCUGACGCCAUUAAAGAUGAAAGUUGCCGAUCCCGCCGCGACUUACUACGCAAACGUGGAUGGCGCGGCGCUGAUAAACGACGACAGCGACGAGUAUGAAAACGCUGGGUUCCUGGCACAAAACGCUCACCACCUGGAGAAUGGUAAGCACAUCAUCACUCCCUGCGCACAGACAGUUAUUGACUUUAAAGUGUCCUCUUUUCUUUGGACCAGAUCUGUUGUACGAGAAUGAAAAAGCAGCCUGUCGCGGAUGUGAAAGAGGACACUUGCUUGUAUAACCAGGCUGCCGCCUGGUGGUCAAACAGUGAUUCCCAAACACUGUCGCCAGAGAUAGGUGUGCCACGGGAAAUGAUCCAAUUUCACUUAAUUGGUAUGAAAACGAUUUACUACAAAUAAUGCAUCUUUGUUCAUCUAUCUAUGCCAGCGACAUAUGGUGACAUGCGGUGGCGGCUGGUCAAUAGAUGCACAGUAGCGCCUCUUCAAUGCAAUAGAUUGGGCCAAGGCGGGGUGUCAUGGAGGAAUGCACACUCCCACCAGAGAGCGAAUAAAACUUGCAUCUCAAGGCGCCACUGUAUAUUUUUCGGACAUUUUUGUUCAACGGUCUGCCCAAUGUAAAGUAUGUGCCUUUGCUCAAUAAAUGUGAAAUACCGGUCAAACAAGGAAAAAUGACUUAGAGUUUCAGAAGGAAUAGAAGAGCAGCGGAAAGGUUUUAGGGACAUUUAUUAACUUGAACAGGCAGCCAGAACCGUCAGAAGGUGCACAAACGCCACAUGAAACGUUCCUUUAUAUCGAUGCCCAAUGUAUGUGUAGAAGUAGUGAUGCUGUGAAUAUCCACUAAUCACACACAAUUUAGCAGGGAAUGACUGCAGGAGCGUAACACGCGCAGUCGAAAAUCUGUAGUGAUGUCAAGUUU